GGCAGGCAAUUCCUACAUUAGCCAAGAGACCAUUAACUUCUGAGAACAGUAUUCUGUUUAGUUAUCAUUUAGUAACAUUUAUGGAAGUUGUAACAAAGAAAAUCUGUUCAAAACAGGUGUUGUCUGCUUCACACAUUGCAAAACAGUCAUAGUAGUGAAAGUGUAUUGUAUUUCAUGUAAUGAGAGCACAGCCAUAAUGGUAAUGGUAUGGUGGUAUUACAGAACUGUGCAGAUUUAGAGAAAGAUGUACGAGGUCUGUGUGCUGAGACAUGUUCAGUAUCAUCUCAUGAUGCGGAUCACUUUGUCAGUAUAAAAGUUGAAGACGUCUUAGAUAUAAAAGAGGAGAAGGUGCCUCUGCCAGUAACAUGUCAAGCAAUAAAAGCUGAAUGUGAGAAAGAUGCACCACAUGCAUGGAGCGAGACAUGUCCACCAUCUUCUGAUGAUUUCCAACAGGUCAUCAAUAUAAAAAUUGAGGAAGGCUCAGAUAUAGACGAGGAGGAGAAUUUUGUACCCUUCUCAUUUUCAGGAGUAGAGGUUGAACAUGAGAGUACUCUGAAUGAACCACAAGAUGUGCAUGGUCAGGAUCGUCCAUUUUCCUGUGAUGUGUGCAAGAAAUCAUUCAGGCAGCAGAGUCAUUUGAAGGAACAUAAACGUAUACAUACUGGGGAGCGGCCAUUUUCCUGUAAUAUAUGCAAUAAAUCGUUCAAUCAGCAGAAUCAUCUGAAGAAACAUCACCGUACACAUAGUGGGGAGCGUCCUUUUUCCUGUAGUGUAUGUAAUAAGUCAUUCAGUCAACAGGAUCAUCUGAAGACACAUCAAGGCAUACACAGGGGGGAACGGCCAUUUUUCUGUAUGGUAUGUAAUAAAUCAUUCACGCGGCAGAGUGAUCUAAAGAGACAUGAAAGUAUACAUAGUGGGUAUCGACCAUUUUCUUGUAAUGUGUGUAAUAAAUCUUUCAGUCGACAGUGUGUACUGAAGACGCAUCAGCAUAUACAUAGUGGGGAGAGGCCAUUUUCAUGUAAUAUGUGUGAUAAAUCAUACAUUCGGCACAGUGAUCUUAAGGCACAUCAAUGCAUACAUAGUGGGGAGCGGCCAUUUUCCUGUAACAUCUGUAAUAAAACAUUCAUGCAACAGUGUGUACUGAAGACACAUCAACUUAUACAUAAUGAAGAGCCUUCAUAUUUCUGUAAUGUGUGUAAUAAAACAUUCCGUUGGGAGAGUAGUCUGAAGAGACACCUACUUGUGCAUAGUCAGUAGUGGACAUUUUCCUGUAAUGUGUGUAAUAAACCAUUCAGAAGGAA